AUGGAAGUGCCUACCUGUAGAGUUAAAGUUGAAACUCCCCUAGAACUAUCGUUGGAAGAUCAAAAUAAAUUGAAAUUACAAGAUAGUAGAUUAGUAAGCCCUUUUCAAGCAAAAAAUAUUGAAAUUUAUGCUCAAAAAUAUUGGGACCAGUUUUAUAAAAGAAAUUCCACAAAGUUUUUUAAGGACAGACAUUGGACGACCAGAGAGUUUCACGAGUUACUCGGUAAUGAACAACUAUCUAAAAACAUUAAAAUAUUAGAACUUGGUUGUGGAGUUGGAAACUUAAUAUUUCCUUUAAUAGAAGAAAAUAUAGAGGGUAUAAAAAUUUUUGCUUGUGAUUUUUCACCAAGAGCAGUACAAUUUGUUAAAAAUCAUAAACUCUUUGAUCCGCAAAAACUAUCAGUUUUCCAAGCAGACAUAACUAAAACUGAUUUGUUUGAAAAUACAAAGGAAUUAGUGGAUUUAGUGACUGCUGUUUUUGUUUUAUCAGCCAUUCAUCCAGAUAACUUUGUGAAAACUGUAAAAAACAUUUACAGAGUAUUAAAACCAGAAGGUCUGAUCAUGAUCAGGGAUUACGCGAUUAAUGAUAUGACUCAAAUAAGGUUUAAACCUGGUCAUAAAAUAUCAGAUAAUUUUUACAUGAGGCAAGAUGGAACCAGAUCUUAUUUUUUUACUUGUGAAAAAAUGAGAGAAUUAUUUUUAAAAGAAGGUUUUCAAGAAAUUUCCUGCUGUUAUGUGAAAUCCAGAACAGUAAAUAAAAAAGAAAAUAUCGAUGUUCCUAGAACUUUUAUUCAGGCAAAAUUUAAAAAAAGUUCUUCAGGAAUUAGCUGA